UGAACGCAUGAUGAUAACAGUCUUCUGUGACAAAACUUCGCAAAUUGAGCCUAUCUCAGAGCCCCCAGCUAUACUGAACUUAACGGCAGUUACUACAUGGGCCAAAAUUCUCGCCGACUGGCAACCUCGAUAGGGAUUUCAGACUGCGAGACACCUUUUUAGCUUGCCUAUUUCUUAACAAUCAGCCUAUGAGGGGCACCACGUUCCUCAGAAGUUGGUACCAGGAAUCACCCGUCAUGUGAUAGCUGGACACAUCUUGGUCGUGUAGGAGUAGUGGCUACUUAAAAGCCUGAAGUUCCCAUGCGGCCGUGCUUACUUCCCACUUUGGUUGUUCUGGGAAUUCUCACGUUCGUUGUUGGGCAAUCAGAGAAAAUUGUACGCUCCCUCACAAGUGGAGUAGCAGACUUUAGCGCAUUGCAAUUAAGUGCGCAAAACUGGACGGGUUCGCCUAUUGUACUCUACGGCUCUCGUCGCUUCCUGCCCGUUGCCAGCACAGAUGGUAACGCUUUGGACUUGAACUACCAAUCCUCUACAAUGUUGCUUUUAGCUUCUGGUGCUGCCAUUGAAAUUACCAUGGCGAAACUGACUGGAGUUCGAUUAACGCAACCGUCUUCUUCGCCAUUUCGGCUUAUGGCAGUAUCGGUCCAACCAUCUGCAUCGCUACUACUAAGCAACGUGGUACUUGAAACAGAUUGCGGAACACUCAGGACGUAUCAGGAAUGGUACACGGCUGUGCAACCGGCCAACAUAUCACUGAGCUCUUCCGGUGACCUGCACAUUGUCUCCUGGCAGCAGCCGGAUAUCAGCCUAUCCAACUGCACGUUAAACUGUCAACGUCCACCAACCCUCCUACGUACCUCCCUCUACAAUUCCACCGCAACACGUGAUGCGAGCAGCGGCGGUAGCCUGGGCAGUGGCAACAGUAGCAAUAGCACGGACAGCACUGCUCCUGCUAACACCACAACCACUGUGGUUGUGAUCACCUCACAACUGGACCUCUAUAAUGCACUUUGGCUAGCUCCGUCGUACAACGGUGGUUUCGGCUCCGUACUGCUGCUGGUGCGCUGCAGCAUGGCGCUUACCAGUCCGCUAUGGUCGGCGCAGGGGGUGACACUCCGCCGCAACGUCUCCAUUGUGGGGAGCGUCUAUUACGCUUCCUUGUACGGCAAUGACAGCAUUGCCGGCGCCCUUGCAAACAGCUCUAGCAGCAGCGGAGAUGGCAGCAGCAUCAGCGAUGUCUGGGGCGAUGCAGCUGCGUGUGAUGCCGGGAGCUGGGUGCUAGGAAAGCCGGUGCUAGACCUGCAGGAUCUCACGGGUGUCGUACACACCUCGGACGACAGUGUCGUACUGUCCCUUCGCGGUCUGGCGCUGAGUAACGCUGGCAUGGUGUUUGGCUACGCCCCGGUGCCGUACAGCAGCCUGGGCCUGGUGAGCUCGCUACUGUGGUUCUUUGAUGUGGUCAGGAGCCUGGCGCCCAGGCCGCCCUACCAGCUGCAGCUGUCGGAGUGCGACAUCAUCUCAUACGCGCAGGACAUAGAGCACCUGACCCUGUGGGCCGCCUUCCUGACCGCCACCGCGGGCCCGCUGGCGGCGGUGGCGGAGCCGUACAGGCUGGGCGUGUCGGACAUUGUGGUUGACAAAACCGUUACGACAGCCCUCCGGUUCACCGAGCUCACCGCCUACGGUGUGUCGUACCAGAACGUCAGCAUUGCACCCCAGGAGCACGUGCUCGGGCUGCUGUCUGCUGCUGCUUCUAGUGCUGCCACGACCACUGAUGCCACUGCCGAUGGUACCGACAGCAGCAGCGAUGGCAGUACUGGCAUCAGCACUAGCAGCAGCAGCACUGGCAGCAGUGCCGCGGUGGUGGGUGUGCCGCUGACCGCCCGCCACCCGCCCCAGGCGCUCUACCGACUCAACAUCCCCUUCAACACCACCGCCGUGGCCGUGUGGUCGCAGAACGACAUGCAGGCCGCCCUAGCCGACGUGCAGCGCCUGCCCCCCUCCGGCUGUUCCUCCCGCACCAACACCACCGCCUUCCUGCUCCUCUUCCAGCACAUCUCCCUGGAUGCGGCCAAGUGGCCGGCGGGGCCGGGCGGCUUCAGCCUGCCCUGCAACGUCACCAUCAGCGGAAUCAACGACGCGUCUGCGCCGGACGGCACGGUGCUGAACUACAACCUGCUGCCCAGGUUUGCGUCGCCAGCCAGCGGGGCCUUCCUGACGCUCAGAUCUCUCACGCUGAUAAACAUGCCAAGUCAGCGCGGCACGUACGACCUGACGGAUCUGACCCAGAUGACGUUACCGUUGUGGCCCGUGGGUCGCUCCGCUGGAGCUCCGACAGCCCCGCUCAUCCUCCGCGAUUCCACACUGGUCCUACCGCCCAGGGAGUACGAGCUGGCUGCGACAACCCUGUUACGGGACCCUACUGGCAGCAGCGGCAGCAGCGUCUUUCCCCUUCGCACCAUGCUCCUCAACGGCUCCGUAAAUGCUGUGGUGUCGUCCAGUGCGCAACACAAGCUGACCCUAUCCUGCCUCACCGGUCUCAACAUGUCCGCAACAAACUUGGUCAUUGCCGAUACGACAUCGUACAGCUCGUACGGACCGCUCCUGGAUUCGAUAGUGUACGGCACAGGCAAUGUCUCGACUCAGUCGCCGUUACCGCCGUCGCCGUCGUCGUCAUUGGGGCGGCAUGACGUCAGCAAACAUCAUUGCGAUUGCGGUUGCAGUACCGUUGGCUGUCGUUGCAUUAGCAGUGGCCGGUGCCGUUAUCGCUGUUAUCGUAUUUCGUCGUCGCUACUGUCGCUAUCGUGCUAAAACCGACGGCUGCAACGAUGCGGCGGCGGCCGCUGCUGACGGCGGCAUUGUCGUCGCUGCAGCUGCCAGUGGCGGCGCUGUCGGCGGCGGCGACGGCGCAGUCAGUGGCGCGGGUGGCGGCGGCGGCGACAUCAAGUUGGUAUGUCGCGGUACGACGGGAGGCAGUGGCGGCCACUCGCCGUUGUUCCGUACGAGCGGCGACACCACUGAGGAUACGGGGGAGGUUUGCCGGGAGACUGCUGGCGUGCUGGUGCCCAAGGCCUCCGGCGCCUCCGACUGCGACGCCUCCUGCGACGCGGCGGCGGUGCUGCCGCCCCCCGCCCCGCCCCUGCACGUGGAGCUGCACCAGCUCAUACUGGACUUUGCGCGGGAAAUCGAGGACAAGCACCUGACCAUCCACGAGGCUCUGGGGAGCGGGGGAUUCGCCACCGUUUACCGCGGCACCUGGCGCGGCAUUGACGUAGCCGUUAAGAUCAUUGAGUUCCGCGACCGGGCGGCUGGCGACGAGCGACUGCAGGCGCGCGCCAUGACGGAAGCCGCCAUCGCCGCCAACAUCCAGCACGCCAACAUUGUGACGACGUAUUCGUACGACAUACGGCCCUCCGUACCGAACGACGGCGGCGCGGACACGCCCAGCAGUAGUACGCUGCUGGGCAUAGGGCCCUCCCCGGAAGGAGCGGGGGUGGCGGG